ACCAUGAUGUGGACAGUCUGAGAGCUCAGGAGCUCAGCCUUGCCUGCAGGGGGCAGUGUCUGUGUGCUGCUUACACUAAACACUCUCAGGAGAAAGAAGAAGAAGAGUUCUCCUGCAAGUCAGCUCAAACCAGACCUUUUUUAUAUUAGUAUUAUUAUUAUUAUAUUCUAGUACCUCUUACACGCACCGGCUAUCAGAAUGACAAAGGCAAAGACUAUAAAAAGGGAAAAGAUUAGUGUUGCGACUGAGAUUGACCGUAUUGAGGAGCAGCGACUGAAGUGUCAGGGUAGUCUGGAGAGGGCAGAAUUCAGACAUCGACGUGAGCAACUCUCAGAUGAAGACAAACAGGCCCUUGAGGAUGAAAUGGCGAUCAUGAAUGAGAGGAUAAGGAAAGAAGGAGCUUGCAGAUUUGCGAGGAGAGAACAGGAGGAAUAUGAUGCUCUCUGUAGCACUGUUGGCCAUCAGUGCUCUUUUCUAUUAUGCCUUUGUUUAUUAAGGACACCUGCAGCCACACACUGCCUUGACCUGUCAUCAAUCUUCUGUUUUUAGAAGGCUGAUGGCGAAAUGCAUCUUCCUAAGUGCAAGCCUGUUUGCUGGAGGCUUAAUCCUGGAUAUCAUGAUCACAAAAUCAUUUACAUAUACAUUACUGUGCAAAAGUCUUAGGCACCCUAUUUUUUUAAGUACAAAUUUUAUUAUAGAUUUUUAUUUUAUGACUUCUACAUUAUCGAGUCAGUAAAAAAACAUUUUAGAUUUCAAAACAUUAGUUUUCCAGCACAAAAUUAAAUGUUACAGAAAAAUGUUUGUAUGUCAGUAAAGAAAGCAACAGAUUACAUAAGAGACACUUUUCAGACAAAAAAACAUAAUGAAGGCUCCUGGGUUUUGCUGCAAAAAUAAGAAGAAAGUGUGACAGUCAAAGUCUCCAGAAGAACUGUGGCUGGUUCUGCAAGAUACUCAGUAACACUUACAGCUCAUUUCCUUAUAAAACUGCACACAUUGUACUUGAGACUACUGUUUGUUAUUUUUUUUAAAUAGUGGUCAUCACACCAAAUACUAACUUUAUUUCAUUUAUUACCAUUUACUGCUCUUUAUAGUAUUUUUUAAAUGUAGAAACAUAAAAUUUAAUUAUUUUUGAAGACAUCUUGCUCUAGCAUUUUUUUUUUUGCAUGUGCCUAAGACUUUUGCAGUAGUGUUAUUGCAGUACUGUGUUUUUUAUAUAUAUAUACACACACACACACACACCCCUGGGUUCUGGGAGAAAAAUGUUCCUCUCUUUUGACCAUAAUUCAGAAUUGCACAUAAAAUAUAUAAAAAGACAGAAACAGUAAAAAUAGAAAGAGAGAAUUUUUUAGAUUUGUAAAAAUCCAAAAUCAGAAGCUAAACUAAAGUUCCACAUUUGUAUCACAUUCGAAAUCAUUUUAAUUGUAUCACCAUUAAUAUUUUCACAUACACGGGUCUUUUUUUUUGGGGACCAUUUUUGUUAGGGGUGUGCAAACUUUUGCACUCCCAUAUGUCAUGUAUUAUUAGCACAAAUAUACAGUAUAAAGAUCUACGCAAAUUUCAUGUGCACUUGUCUCAUACUUGCCAAAAGCUACAUUUGCAGAUAACACUACAUGUGUGUAUUUUCCAUAAAACUGUAUAUAUUUGAGCUGCUGUUCUUUUUUUUUUUUCUUUUUUUUUUUUUUUUUAAACUUUUAAUGUAUAUUGUGUAUACAUCAUUUACUUAUUUUAAUGAAGGACCACUUUGGGUAAUGUAUUAUAUGCUGGGUGUCUUUUCUUUUUUUAUUUUGUGGUAGUUUUGAUGACUGCCAUCUGUGUGUGAAUAUCAGUAUGUGCAUCAACUAUCUUCAGGCCUUUGUGGUAUAAUAAAAGGAAUAAAUCAU